CCUUCAAUCAAAUGUGAGCUAAUCUUGUUUUGUCCCUUUGUUAUUAUAAACCUGCUACUUUGUGGUGUGUGCAGUAGUCGCCCUCUUUCCUCUGCAAGUAAACACAGUCAAUCCCAAAAUCACUGCUUUUCUUCUUCCUUAAUACUAUUUUCAUACUUCCAUCUUAUCAAAACCAAUCCCCUCCCACUGCUCACCCUCUUCUGUUACAGAGAUUCCUUCCGGGCUUCUCUUAUUCAUAACUCAUUUCAAAUGGAGAAAGCAUCCUCACCAGAGGCCUCUCCCAAGCCUCACCACAAGAAAAGCUUUGUUACUACUUUAAUGGAAGCUGCCACUCUCCGCUCUCCUUCUUUUAAGGAAGAUACCUACUUCAUCUCCCAUUUGAAGUCUUCCGAGAAGAAGUCCUUGCAAGAACUCAAGGACAAGCUUACGGCUUCUCUUGGCCCCGACGGCCAAUGCACCAUGUGGGGCAUCCCUCUUCUCUCCGGUGACGAAAAAGCCGAUGUCAUUUUGCUCAAGUUCUUGCGAGCUAGGGACUUCAAGGUCUCCGACUCCUUUCACAUGUUGGAGAAAUGUCUUGCCUGGAGAAAAGAGUUCAAGGCAGACAGUGUGGCGGAGGAGGAGUUGGGGUUGGAGGAGCUGGAGGGAGUGGUUGCUUAUAUGCAUGGCUAUGACAGAGAAGGCCACCCUGUUUGCUACAAUGCCUAUGGGGUUUUUAGAGACAAGGACAUGUGUGAGAGAAUGUUUGGGGAUGAAGAGAAGCUGAGCAAGUUCCUGAGAUGGAGAGUUCAAGUUAUGGAGAGAGGAAUCAAUCUGCUGCAUUUCAAGCCUGGUGGGAUCAACUCUAUUAUUCAGGUCACCGAUCUCAAAGACAUGCCCAAAAGAGACCUCAGGGUCGUUUCUAAUCAGAUCCUCUCUCUCUUUCAAGAUAAUUACCCUGAAAUGGUUGCUCGUAAGAUUUUCAUCAAUGUCCCAUGGUACUUCAGUGUGCUGUAUUCAAUGUUCAGUCCAUUUCUAACUCAGCGAACUAAGAGCAAGUUCGUGAUCUCCAGACAAGGAUAUGCAGCUGAAACACUCUACAAGUUUAUAAGACCCGAGGAUGUUCCAGUACAAUACGGAGGGCUGAGUCGAACCAAUGAUUCGCAGAACGGUCCUCCGAAACCAGCCUCGGAGUUCACAGUGAAAGGAGGAGAGAAAGUGAACAUUCAAAUAGAAGGAAUUGAGGGAGGUGCAACCAUAACAUGGGAUCUGGUAGUAGGAGGGUGGGACUUGGAGUACAGUGCGGAGUUCGUGCCCAAUGCGGAAGGCAGCUACACCAUUGCAGUGGAGAAGGUCAGAAAAUUGAGUCCAUGGGAAGAGGCCAUUCAUAACUCUUUCACAUCAAGAGAAGCUGGCAAAAUGAUACUUUCUGUGGAUAAUACAGCUUCAAGGAGAAAAAAGGUUGCUGCUUAUCGCUAUAUUGUCCGCAAAUCAUGCCUGGAUUAGACUUAAGUGGAGAGAGGGGGGUGUUUGUGUUUUUCCUUUUACCCUUUUUGGGCCGCUUGAAUAGGGAGGGUUUGUUCAAUUAAUGGUUGUGACCCUUUUAUUAUUAUUUUUGUUAUUUGUCUACUUGAGAGAGGACUAAUUUGCUAAUGUGAUUGUAUAAAUAUGGAGGGUGCUAUUGCCAUAUCA